GCAGCGCAGGACUGGGCAUGUGACGAAUGCCCAGAGAGACCUUGGCAGGCUGUGCAGGCAACGGCUGAGCGCGGACACUCCCAGCCCUACCCCUGGCCCCACCCCCAUGUCCUGGUCCCUUUCUGGGGCUGGUGUGUCACCCAGCAGUCAGCUGUCAGUGGCACAGACGAUUGUGGCUUAGGACGCUGCCAGUCCAGGACGAUGCAAGCCCACGAGCUGUUCCGGUACUUUCGGCUGCCAGAGCUGGUUGACUUCCGGCAGUACGUGCGCACCCUUCCAACCAACACGCUCAUGGGCUUUGGCGCAUUCGCGGCGCUCACCACCUUCUGGUAUGCCACGCGGCCACGGGCCCUGAAGCCGCCAUGCGACCUGGCCAUGCAGUCAGUGGAGGUGCCGGGCAGUGAUGGUGCCCGGAGAUCCACGAUCCUAGACAGUGACGAGCCCCUGGUGUAUUUCUACGAUGACGUCAGAACGUUAUACGAAGGUUUCCAGAGGGGCAUACAGGUGUCCAAUAAUGGCCCAUGUUUAGGCUCUCGGAAACCAGACCAACCCUAUGAAUGGCUGUCAUACAAACAGGUUGAAGACAUGUCAGAGUGUGUGGGUUCAGCACUGCUCCACAAGGGCUUCAAGGCAGCCCCAGACCAGUUCAUCGGCGUCUUCGCUCAGAACAGACCUGAGUGGGUGAUCAUUGAACAGGGAUGCUUUGCUUACUCGAUGGUGAUCGUUCCCCUCUACGACACCCUUGGAACUGAAGCCAUCACCUACAUCAUCAACAAAGCCGAACUCUCUCUGGUUUUUGUGGACAAGCCAGAGAAGGCCAACCUCCUACUAGAAGGCGUAGAAAAUAAAUUAAUACCAUGCCUUAAAACUAUUGUUCUCAUGGACUCCUACGGCAGUGAUCUGCUGGAACGAGGCAAGAAGUGUGGGGUGGAGAUCAUCAGCAUGAAAGCCUUGGAGGACCUGGGAAGAGCCAACAGACGGAAGCCCAAGCCUCCAGCACCUGAAGAUCUUGCAGUAAUUUGCUUCACCAGUGGAACUACAGGCAACCCCAAAGGAGCAAUGAUUACCCAUCGAAAUGUAGUGAGCGAUUGUUCAGCGUUUGUGAAAAUGACAGAGAACACGUUCACUCCUACCUCAGAUGACACUUUGAUCUCUUUCUUGCCUCUGGCCCACAUGUUUGAGAGGGUUGUAGAGGUAGGCACUGGGUUUUAUUUUGCCUGUACAUGGGCGUUUGUUUGUGUUCUAAGUUGUUCUGUUUUACAGAAAGCACUUGUGUUGAAUGCCAGUGACAUACACAUUUCAUUUUUACCGCUUGCACACAUGUAUGAGCAGAUUAUGCAGUGUGUGAUGCUCUGUCAUGGAGCUAAAAUAGGAUUUUUCCAAGGAGAUAUCAGGCUGCUUAUGGAUGAUCUCAAGGCCCUUCAACCCACCAUCUUCCCUGUGGUCCCCAGACUGCUGAACCGGAUGUUUGACCGAAUUUUCGGACAAGCAAACACCACGCUGAAGCGAUGGCUGUUGGACUUUGCCUCCAAGAGGAAAGAGGCUGAACUUCGCAGUGGAAUCAUUAGAAACAACAGCCUCUGGGAUAAACUGAUCUUCCACAAAAUACAGGCGAGCCUGGGAGGAAAAGUGAGGCUGAUGAUCACCGGAGCGGCGCCCGUGUCCGCCACCGUGCUCACCUUCUUGAGGGCCGCGCUGGGCUGCCAGUUCUACGAAGGCUACGGACAGACCGAGUGCGCCGCCGGCUGCUGCCUGACUGUUGCUGGGGACUGGACCGCAGGCCAUGUUGGUGCCCCAAUGCCUUGCAGCAUUAUCAAGCUUGUUGAUGUAGAAGAAAUGAAUUACCUGGCUGCCAAGGGUGAGGGCGAGGUGUGUGUGAAAGGGCCAAACGUUUUUCAAGGCUACUUGAAAGACCCAGUGAAGACGGCAGAAGUUCUGGAUAAAGAUGGCUGGUUGCACACAGGGGACAUUGGCAAGUGGUUACCAAAUGGCACCUUGAAGAUCAUAGACAGGAAGAAGCACAUCUUUAAACUGGCACAAGGGGAGUACAUAGCUCCUGAGAAGAUCGAAAACAUCUACCAGCGAAGUGAACCUGUCUCUCAGGUGUUUGUCCAUGGAGAGAGCCUGCAGGCAUUUCUCAUAGCGAUUGUGGUACCGGACGUUGAGACACUAGGUGCCUGGGCCAAGAAGAGAGGCAUUGUGGGCUCCUUUGAAGAACUGUGCAGAAAUAAGGAUGUCAAAAAAGCUAUUCUAGAAGACCUGGUGAGGCUCGGGAAGGAAUCUGGCCUAAAACCAUUUGAACAGGUCAAAGGCAUCUGUCUCCACCCUGAACUCUUCUCUAUCGACAAUGGCCUUCUGACCCCAACCAUGAAGGCUAAAAGGCCAGAGCUUCGGAAUUACUUCAGGUCACAGAUCGAUGAGCUUUACUCCACCAUCAAAGUCUAACGCGAGGGAGGAAGUGGAGGGGAGUUUGACAACGGCAGGAUGGAAGGCGCAUCCUCGGGUGCCUCGUGCGUCCAGAUUCUCGUCAUAGGAGCCUGGAGGGAACGGAAUACUGCCUUACAGCCCCCUCGCAUCGCAGACUGUGUCCACGGUGACCCACAAUUUCCAAAACGAGCCUUAAAAAAUCGUAGAGGGGAAACUGCAAACGUGCUAAGUUCUUUACCAAUUCCUCAGUUACAAAGGAGGGUGAACACUUUGUCUCCCUGAUCUGCUAACCAAAGGGUUGGGACUUUGCUCUUUCUGAGAUGUCUGCUCCUCGCUGCAAAUUCUGCAGAUUUCUGCUGCUCAGAGUCCCGUGCACUGGAAGGAACCACUGUCCCCGACAAGCAAGACCUGUCUUGCCUGCAGGAGGUCGCAAGAGGACCAGAGGUUUUUGUUUUUGUUUUUUAAUCCCUGCCAGCCUCCCUUCCCUGUGUCACACUCACCCUCACGAACCUUCUGAUUAACCCCUGUCCUUCCUGUCGGAGCAGAGGUUCUCAGUGAAGCAAAGGGCAGACUCAGCUCAGAACAGCACAGGUAUCAAAUCCUGGAUGGACAGCCGCUCACCAGAGAGGAUGGAUUCUGGUGCCCAUAGAGCAGAAUAUUCUCCGACCCUCUUCUCCAGACCCAACUUCCUGAUUUCCUCCAUCUGUUGCCUCCCAGGGGUUAUAUAAAAAAAAGAAAAAUCUGCCUUAGACUCUGCAGUGAAAACAAGCAUUUCAACAAGGAAACAGUUACCUGGAUCAACCAUGUUCAACUGUGACGCCUGACUAACUGUCCACUUUACAUUUGACGAACCGGUCACUCUGUCUCUGAUGGAUUUUAAUGUGGUUUUCAUAUCAAAAGAGUAUGUUGUGAUCAAGUGGCUUUUUUCCCCCCAGAAUAUAAACUCUCAGGCAAGGCAUGUCUUUAAAAAUGUUACGGGAGUAGAUAUACUUGGGUACUUAUUGAAAUGGAUGGUGAUAAAUAAAUGCUCUUCUAUCAUAAUGCUACUUGAUUUCUAUGAAAUAUAUUUGACAAGCCAAAAUUCUAGGACAUAGGAAUCUGGAAAACUCAUUUCCUGGGGAUUAGAUUCUCAAGGUUUGUUUGUUUGUUUUAAGUUAAUUUGGGAAAUUAGCAGCAUUUCACUUUACUGCAGGUCUUUGCCACGUGUGACUGAACUUAGUUUUCAUUUGUACACUGAAAGCAGUUGUUUUGGGAUAGAGGAAUACCUGUAUUAUACAAGCACAACAGGGUUUGCCCUAAAGAGCUGUCGUUGUUAUAACACUAUUUGGUAGCCUAACUUCAUACGAGUACUCUUAAUUGCCCAAGAAGUCAAUAAUUUGUCACAUCGGGGUUUUGAAUGUUUGCUUUAAGUGUCGGCUCUUUCUAUGUUUUAUAAACCAAAACAGAAUUUCCAAAUACAGUGAAGGAAACCAAAAUAAAUAUUUCUGCAUUUCAAGCG